AUGGCGAGCACCGAAGAUAAAGCGGCCAACAAGGAGAACGUGUCCAGCUGGAAGGACUCCAUCUACAAUCCCAGGACCGGGGAGCUGCUGGGUCGCACGGCCAGCAGCUGGGCCCUGAUCCUGUUGUUCUACCUGGUUUUCUACUGUUUCUUGGCUGGUAUGUUCGCCCUGACCAUGUGGGUGAUGCUGCUGACUCUGGAUGACUAUGUGCCGAGAUACAGAGACCGUGUUCCCCAUCCAGGGUUGGUGAUUCUACCAAAUUCAUUGGAUAUCACAUUCAACAAAUCUGACUCGCUCAAGUAUGCAUUGUACGUCCAACACCUGGAGUCCUUCCUGCAAAGAUAUAAUGAUACAGAGCAGGAGAAGAACGAGGAAUGCCCUCAAGGAGAGUAUUUUCUGCAGGACAAUACAGAGGAAAUGACAAAGAAAGCUUGUCGCUUCAAGAGAGGCUCCCUGAGUUUUUGCUCUGGCCUUUCUGAUACCACUUUUGGAUAUUCUGAGGGAAAGCCCUGCGUGCUUCUGAAAAUGAACAGGAUCAUUGGCCUGAAGCCCCGUGGGGAGCCCUACAUCAACUGCACCGUAAAAAGAGACAUCCCAAUUCAAAUGCAGUAUUUCCCUGGUGAGGGGCGUAUUGAUAAGAUGUAUUUCCCCUACUACGGCAAGAAAGCUCAUGAGAGUUACGUUCAGCCCCUGGUGGCAGUGAAGCUGCUGCUCACCAAGGAGGAUUACAACAAGGAGCUGCCAGUGGAGUGCAGGGUAGAGGGCUCCGACAUCCGCAACAAUGACGAGCGAGAUAAGUUCCUGGGCCGAGUCACUUUCAGGAUCAAGGUGGUCGAGUAAAAGAGAAGACGGCCAGUAAAAGGAAAGCCGGUGCAGAGGUUGCCCACGUCUGCUAAGGAUUUAUGUUUAAAGAUUUAAAAAAAAAGGAAGGAAGUGUCAAAUACGUCACAAAGACUGCUUUUUGGGAUGUGGCCAAAACGUUUGAUGCAGAUGAGUUUGGCUUCCAGUAGAAGAGCCAGUUACAGAUAUCGAAUGUUGCUUUGAUGACAUUUCUGACCCUUCUUUCCUUCAUGAUUCCUUGCUGACCUCCUCAAAGAUCCCCAGAACAAGACACAGGCUCUGCUCCUGACCAACCAUCCAUCCUUUCAUUUGUUCACCUGUUGCACUGUUCAUUCCUCACUCAGUUUAUUUUUGUUUGUUUUUUUUUAGAAUUGAUGUGAUUAGGUAACUUAUAGCCAUUGCAACCAAGCCAUCUGGAGCUAUUGUGUAGUUGCUGGUACAGAUUUUUUAUUUAAUGUUUUUUUUUUAGAUUUUCCUGCUUUCAGGAAGGGAGUGUUGUUUUCAUCUUUCCAAACUGUAUGAACGACUGUAUUAUCGCUGAUGUUGAGAGGAUUUUUAUCUUGCUGUAUAGUAUAUGUGAGAAAGUAGAACAUUUGCAACACAUCUCCAGAGUAUUCACAUUAUCACAUCACAAAGACUUCAUAGGAACGUACCUUGAUAAUCAAGUAUAGCUACUGUAUCCCUGUAUAUGAAAUGCCAAUUACAAAGUCCCUUUCUACAUAUAAAUACAUUGUGAUCCUUACCAUAUUUAGGGAAUUAUAGAUAGAUCUUUGUGUUGUGGUCUGCAUAGCCACAACCCAGUCUUGUGCUGUCUGUCUGUCUGUCUGCAUGUCCGUCUGUCCGUCUGCCCGUCUUCCUGUUUACUCACCUCUCCACUGCAAUAGCCAACAUGUGGGUGAGCCCUCCAGGACUAGAUAAGUUGUCUCGCUUCACCUCGCGGGGUGCUGCGUGUUGAUGGUGGCUGAGGCGACACACACACAAAGAAGGUACAGUGUAAAAAUUGCUUUUAAGGCGGAGAGGUGCUGGAAAAGCGUUGCAAAAAUAAAAAGUUCACUGUAACUAUGUACUGUAUAUCUUUACGUGAUCUGUAUAUCUAUCUGGGUCUCAAAGAUUGUUUGUUAGUUUACUCUCUUCUUCAGCCUGUUGAUCUGAUUGUCUGCCGAUCUAUUACUCUUCAAUGUAUAUAUAUAUACACUAUCUACCAUAUUUACUUAAUUCACACUGUAUUUUUGUCACAAAACACAAUGUCUGUGCACUGUAAAGAAAUAAUUUAAGCAAAGAUUUACAGGAAAUUAUCUUAUUCAAAGCUAUGUUUACACAGUCUUAAAAGGACC